AUGAUCAUUAUUAUUAUUACGGUUGUUGUAAUGGCACGGCGGCCGUUAAUCAGUGACGCGAAGAUCAUUAACAUCACCAACAAGAUGGGCAGCAAGAAGACGCUGAUAGUCCACUGUGAAUCCGUAGACGACGACCUCGGGGCCCUCGCCGUGAACUCCGGCGAGGUCUACCACUGGGAGUUCGAGGACAGCACCCUUUUCCGGCCGGCGGUUUUUUGGUGCCGCCUCGCGUUGGAAGACGGCCGUCUUUCCUUUGUGGCGUACGUUGAACGAGAAGGCGGCCGUGGGUACGCAGUGAUGGGAUACGAUGUCAACGAAACUGGGCUUUAUGGGCCUGACAUGCAAGAUAUGUCGAGGACAUAUGAUUUGCUUCAUCCAUGGAAGCGGAUUUAG